AUGAAUAUGACACCAGUUUGCCCCUUUGUCAAAGCUGCCCGACCUGAUGAUAACAAUGCCUCUAAAAAAACGGGCGAAAACUCUAUGAAACAUCAGGUUGAGUCUGAGAGUAAGGUGAAGAAAGAAGCUAAUGAUUCAGCUAGUGUCUCACCAAAGUGCCCUUUUGGAUAUGAUCCACAAUCUUUUAAGAUUGGUCCUCUUAGCUGUACAGUGUGCCAGGCUCUUUUAUUUGACACCAGCAAAUGUGUGCCUUGUUCUCAUGUUUUCUGCAAAGCAUGCAUUUCGCGCUUUAAAGACUGUCCAUUAUGUGGGGCUGAUAUUGUGAAGAUUGAGCCUGAUGCUAAGCUUCAAGGUGUAGUUGAUCGCUUUAUUGAAGGUCAUGCUAGGAUCAAAAGGUCUGUUAGUUCAGAUAAAGGAGAAGAAGCAGCAGAGAGUAAACAGGUCAUUUAUGAGGAUGUGUCUUUAGAAAGAGGUUCUUUCUUAGUGCAACAGGCCAUGAGGGCAUUCCGAGCUCAAAAUUUAGAAAGUGCGAAAUCAAGACUCAACCUCUGUGCACAAGACAUUCGUGAUCAGUUAGAAAAAGUUGGUAACACUUCAGAGUUAUGUUCCCAGCUUGGAGCAGUGUUGGGUAUGCUUGGUGACUGCUGCCGAGCAAUGGGUGAUGCCAGUUCUGCAGUUUCUUAUUUUGAAGAAAGUGUUCAAUUUCUGUCUAAGUUGCCAAAAGAUGAUUUGGAGAUCACUCAUACACUUUCUGUUUCACUAAAUAAAAUUGGAGAUCUUAAAUAUUAUGAUGGAGACCUUCAAGCUGCAAGAUCUUACUAUUUUAAAUCUUUGGAUGUUCGCCGAGAUGUUGUCAAGCAGAAUUCUGACGUUCCAUCCCAGGUUCUAGAUGUUGCUGUUUCUCUUGCAAAAGUUGCGGAUGUGGACAGAAAUCUAGGGGAGGAAAAGUUAGCUACUGAUGGAUUUCAAGAAGCCAUAGAUUUACUGGAAUCACUAACGUUGAAGUCUGAAGCUAGUGGGCUUGAGCAACGGCGACAAUCAGUCCUCGAGUUCCUUAGAAGCCAACUUCCAGAUGAACAAGAACAAGCUGAGACAACAGUCUGA